AACCCCACACCGCCCACAGGAAACGAGUCGACGACACAUUUGUAGAAGCGGGAGAGGACGCGUCCGGCCUCCCCCUCGAUGUCCCCUUCGACACUGCCGCUUGUCCGGCCGCCGGCGCCGGCAAAUCCGUCCCUUCCGCCUCGCCGGUGCCCUCCGUUAUCAGCAGCGACGCUGCGCGCGGCUCCUGCCGCCUCCGCCCUCGCCCAGUUCUCUAGGCUGCGCACCAAGUGCAGGUUUUCUGCUUCUGGCGUCAGAGAAGACUACUCUUCUACGCCAAUCGAUGUUGUUGCCGACGUGAAAACAGAGAAGAUUGUAGUGUUGGGAGGGAGUGGAUUUGUUGGCACUGCUAUAUGCAAAGCUGCUGUCGCUAAAGGCAUUGAGGUUGUGAGCUUCAGCAGGUCAGGAAGACCAUCUUCCUAUGAUCCCUGGGCUGAUGAAGUUACUUGGCUAGCAGGAGAUGUUUUCUAUGCAAGAUGGGAUGAAGUGUUGGUAGGGGCUACUGCUGUUGUGUCUACCCUUGGAGGAUUUGGCAAUGAAGAACAGAUGAAAAGGAUAAAUGGUGAAGCAAAUACCAUAGCAGUGGAUGCUGCAAAAGAAUUCGGAAUCCCAAAAUUCAUUUUGAUUUCUGUUCAUGAUUACAACCUUCCGUCCUUUCUUCUUACCUCGGGCUAUUUCACUGGUAAGAGAAAGGCUGAAUCUGAAGUCCUCUCCAAGUACCCUUCCUCAGGUGUUGUGUUGAGGCCAGGAUUUAUUUACGGUAAAAGGAAAGUAGAUGGCUUCGAGAUACCACUCGACAUUGUAGGGAAACCACUAGAGCAGCUACUUUCAUCUGUCGAAAAUUUCACCAAACCGUUGAGUGCAUUGCCUGCUUCAGACCUGAUCCUUGCACCCCCAGUGAACGUGGAUGAUGUUGCCUAUGCUGUGAUCAACGCUGUCAUAGAUGACAGCUUCUUUGGCGUGUUCACGAUCGAGCAAAUCAAGGAAGCUGCAGCCAGCGCCAGAGUGUAAAGAUUUCCAUACCUGGAAGUAACUUCUGAAGUCAUGAGGGAUAUUCCUGUUCUUGAAGAAGGAAAACAAAAUCUUGGGUUAUAGUGGAUAGUUAAGUCCAAACUCUAUGCAGUGCAGUCCUUAGAGAGUUGAAUACACUAACAAGUUUUAUUCAAAAAGCUGUGGUUCAUGGCAGACAAUACUCACUUCACCAGGGUUUACCACGUUA